AUGAAGUUCUCUGCUUCUGCGUCUGCCCUUCUUCUUUCUGGGCUUGCUGUGGCAGCUCCCUUGACUGAGAAGCGUAUGGAAGCCAAGGCUCGACGUGCGACUUCCGGCCGCCACUCCAACUUCCCCUACGCUGUUGGCACCAACGAAAAGCUGGUUCUCACCAACACUACAAAGGAAGAGUACAGCUCAAACUGGGCAGGUGCUGUCCUCAUUGGCACUGGCUACACGAGCGUAACUGCUGAGUUUGUUGUCCCUACCCCAUCGGCUCCCUCUGGCGGUAGCAGCAGCACCCAAUACUGUGCCUCUGCUUGGGUUGGUCUCGACGGUGACACCUGUGGCACCGCCAUCCUUCAAACUGGCAUCGACUUCUGCGUUCAGAGUGGUGAAACAAGCUUUGAUGCGUGGUACGAGUGGUACCCAGAUUAUGCGUACGACUUUAGCGGCAUCACCAUCUCUGUUGGAGACACGAUCAAAACCACUGUGACUGCUUCUAGCAAAUCCGCCGGUGUCGCCACCGUUGAAAACGUCAGCACUGGAAAGACUGUCUCUCACAGCUUCUCGGGAGAAAGCAAUAAGCUCUGCGAGUACAAUGCCGAGUGGAUCGUCGAAGACUUUGAGUCCGGAUCCUCCAUGGUUCCCUUUGCCGACUUUGGAACAGUUGAGUUCACCGGUGCUGAAGCAACACACAGUGGCUCCACGGUCGGUACCUCUGGUGCUACCAUCAUGGAUAUUGAACAGAGCAACACGGUACUCACUUCUUCCUCUGCUUCUGGCAAUACUGUCACGGUCAAGUACACUUAG